UUAUGGUAUCUCUUGCGUCUCUAUAUAUACCCAAGUAGUGCACAACUGUUUAUGUAGUCCAAACUCCCAAGUGAUUCCAAGCGUGCAGUUAAGCACUUAACUAAGCUAAGUUAACUAGCUCUUAGCCAUGGCAAAGAAUCCGAUGACUCUUCCCAUUUUUAGCAUCUCCCUUGCCUUUUUCUUCUUCUUUCUGAUCACUUCUCCCGCUACCGGAGAAGAGCAAAUCUUCGGAAAGCCGGUAGACCGGAAAUCUCUUGGAAUCAAGAAGGAAAAAUCGAGUCAUUUCCGCUUCUAUUGGCAUGACGUUCUUAGCGGGACCAAGCCAACCUCGAUCAUAGUCAUCCCGCCGGCGAAAAACUCUUCGCCGAUGACUGUCUUCGGGCAGAAACAUAAUCGACAACCCGCUAACCAUAGGGCCGGAUCUGGGCUCCAAGUGCGUUGGAAGAGCGCAGGGGAUUUAUGCUGCAGCGGGUCAGGAAGAGCUUGGGUUCUUGAUGGUGAUGAACCUGGCUUUCAUUGAGGGCAAGUACAACGGCAGCACCCUCACUGUGCUCGGCCGGAAUCCGGCGUUUCACAAAGUCCGGGAGAUAUCCAUCGUCGGCGGGAGUGGGCUUUUCCGGUUCGCUCGCGGCUACGUUGAGGCCAGGACUCACUGGGUUGAUUUCAAAACCGGCGAUGCCACCGUGCAAUAUGAUGCCUAUGUCUUGCAUUAUUGAUUCCACCAUCGGCUAUAGUUUGUUUGUCUCUUUAAACCAUUACUUAAUUAUAUUAUUAAAGCAAAACGAUCACCUCACUAAUUCUGAAAUUAGUAAUGUUUUCUACGAUAUACUCCCUUCGUCGCACAAUGAACUUCACAGUUUUACCUACAUACAUAUUAUGGAAAUAAACUUAGCAUGGG